AGUAAAGUGCCAUUAGUGCCCCCUUGUGACUUUAAGAGGUAUUACACUGAUUUAUCAGUAUUCCCCUUUAACGAUCCCUUUAACAGUGUUAACAGUAUUGACAGGACGCAGUUCAAAGCACGGACAUUCCUCGCUGUUGUUGUUUUCUACUGAGUGCGUUCAUAUACAAGUGAGUGAUUGUGUUUGUUAUUCAUAUUUAAAUUGCUGUAUUUGAAGGCAUAAGUUUGUGUUUUAUCUAAUUUCUCAUUCUAAUUAUUUAUUUGCGCCAUACUCAUUGUGUAUUGCAUCAUCCAUAUAUGGCGCUAGCGCUAGUAAUGCAUACGAGAUACGGUUAUAUAGCGAUAUUGGUGUAUAAUAUCGUAAACUUAGUCACUUUGGGUUUGUGUAUGUUAUUAUUUACUGAAUAAGUGAGAUUGUUUGUGGUAUUUAAGCCAUAAUUAACGGUUCUUCUGAGCUCAAUUGCCAAAGAAUGUCAUGCUAUUUCCACAAGUGCUAAUCUAGUCAGAACAUGUCUGAAACGAUCUUUAUAUCACUAAUUUGCUAAUAGGCUAUAUUGCUAUUUUGUUUAAGUAUAGAUAUUAUGUAUAUGUAACAGAGUGAAUUCAUAUUUCAUUACUAAUUGGUUCUUGUUAUUUCUGUUUGUUUAGAACCACUCACUCACUCACCCACUCACUCAUAUUAAGUUACACUCCAAACUACCCUGUACUACUCUGCCAUACUCUCUGCUGCCUGUACUACAAUCAUCCACUCAACUAAAUUCAAGAACUGUAAAUGCUCUACAAGUCUGAAAUCAUUAAAGUGUACUUCGUCUCUGACCCGGACGACUUAUGUCUGCUCAAUUUCCACCAGCACCCACAAUAGACACCUGGUCCUUCGAGCCGGAUUGAAGAGCUGCCAUAUGAAAGAUGCAUCACAGUGAUCCAGAUCAUAGACCUGACCUUCCUGAGCCUGCAGUCAGACCCAGACGAGUGGUGCGGCUCCCUAGUUACCUGUCAGAUUUCGAGCUCACUGAUCAUUUACGAAGAUUACAGUCAAGACAGAAAGUAGAUACUUAUUCUGAAAUGAGUGAUGAUUCAGAAAAUCAAGGAGCGACUACAGCCAAGCUCACCAACACCUUCACUGAGUAUGGAACAGGUAGGCAGCCAUGGCAGCCGCUGACAGAGUGGAGUCACAGUAGAGAGUAUGAACAACAGCGAGCACCUACUUCACACAUUCCUGAGCUGUCAUCACAAGUUCUAGCAGAAUUCCAGCAGUUGCGGAAAGAGACAGAGGAACUAAGACGUCAUUCCUAUGAGCAGAUUCAGAGACUGAAAGAGAAGAACGAGGCCCUGGAAACUCAGUUGAGCCUACAUGCAAUGAGUGAUCGACCCAGUCAGUAUCCACAGAGGACAUCUUCCCCUGUUCCUCAACCCCGGGCCAAUAUUCCGCCUGUCACUACAGAUGCCAGGCUAUCCCUCUGCCUAGAUCCAAGCUACCUCCUAGACCGAUUGAGAGUGCAGCAGAUUCACUCAAACAAGAUCGACUACAUGACUUUGAACAGAGGCUUCGGCAGCUGGAGAUGAUAUCACCGGCAACUCAUGCACGACCCUCACAGCACCAGUCCUUUCCCCAUAGAUCUAAUGACAGAGCUGAUGAUCGAAGUAUUGGCUACAACUCAACCCAGUUAAGGCUUCCAUCCAAUCAAGAGAGUACGUAUAGGGGACCAGCUCCAACCAUCCCAAACUUUGUGAAGCCAGAUCCGAGAGAGUUUUCCCGCCUGCGCAUCGCUUUGGAGAACAUUCUGCCAGCAGACGCUACAGAGAGAUUUAAGUACCAGAUCCUCGUUGAUCACCUUAAGUUGGAGGAAGCUCUGUUGAUUGCAGACUCAUAUUGCAACUCAUUAUACCCCCUUCACAGAUACAAUGGAGGCACUUAACCAACAGUACGGACAGCCUCACCAGUUGGCCCUUCAGAGAAUAGCCGAGCUUAUGGAUGGUCCAAACAUCAGCCAAGGUGACGUGAGAGCCUUCAGAAUGUUUGCAUUGAAAGUUCGUUCUUUAGUUAGUAUGCUUCAGCAGCUGGGAAAUAAAGGCUACAUGGAGUUAGAGUGCAGUUCCCAUGUAUCAAGACUGUUGUGUAAGCUUCCACAUGAUCUGCAGACUAGUUUUAGACGGUCGGUCCAUCCCCAACAAGUUCCCAUCCCUACCUUGCUCGAUUUCUCAGCAUGGUUAGAAUUCGAGCUGCAAGUUCAAGAAGAAAGUGCAUUGGAUACAAUCGCACAAGAGAUGUUGGCGGUGUGGACGAACCCAUCAAGCCGCACAGUGUAACCUUAAGACACCCUGCAAAAGUUGUAAUCGCUGCCAUCUGUACGUCCUCCAUGAGGUUAACGAUCGAUUCUUUGUGAAAACACCUGAGACACCUAAGGUUGGACCCUCAGAGAAUUGCUUGGUGAACACGACUACAGAGACACUGUAUCUUGAUCGGCCCACCGGCAGUCGACGUGUCUUACUAAAGAUCUGUAAAGUACUCCUCCGAAAUGGCAAUCAGUGCUUAGAGACGUACGCUCUCUUGGAUGACGGGUCCGAACGCAUCAUCCUCCUUCAUUCAGCGGCCCAGCAGCUUGGAUUGACUGGUCGACCCGAAGAGCUUGUUCUACUUACAGUCAGACAAGACCUUCACAUCCUGCAUGGUGCUUCAUUAACCUUCACAGUGUCACCAGCUUCCCAACCCAAGGCUUCAUUUAAGAUUCGUCAAGCCUUUACAGCUGAGACAUUGGGAUUAGCUGAGCAUACAUAUCCAGUCGAUGAGUUACAACGCAAGUAUAGACACCUACAAGGUCUACAGUUGCCACCUGUUGAAUCAGUCCAACCGCUCUUCCUUAUAGGGUCAGAUUACCCGCAUCUCAUAACUCCAGUAGAGCCUGUUCGUCUAGGCCCACCUAACGGUCCUGCCGCUAUCAAGACCAGAUUAGGCUGGACCCUGCAAGGUCCCACUCAAGAGAUCAAGCAUUGCCUUGCCAGCCAGCAGUGUCUCUUUACGGUUACUUCAAGCUCGUAUACCAACCUGUACCGACAAGCUGAGAAAUUGUGGCAACUAGAUGUGCUCCCGUACCGUAGUGAGAAGCUCAUUACCCGCUCUAAGCAAGAUCAAGAUGCCCUUUCACUGCUCGAGGCCAAGACUACUAGAGUUAUAGUAGAUGGAGUAGCCAGAUAUGCCACACCCUUAUUAAGAGUGAAGGAUAUGCCUCUCCUGCGAGCAUCCCCAGAUACCACUCUGCUUUGUCUCCGAGGAAUUGAGAGGUGAUUAUUCAGAGAUCCAGCACAAGCAGCAGCCUACAAGUUGGAGAUGAACAAGUUGAAAGAGGCAGGAUAUGCACAAGUGAUACAUCCUGAACAAUUGGAGCAAGCUGAGGAGUCAUGGUACAUUCCCCACCAUAUGACACAUCAUAACGGCAAAAACAGAGUCGUCUUCAACUGUUCAUUCCAACACGGAGGGAAAAAUCUUAACCAGUUGCUUCUUCCUGGUCCAACACUGGAUCCUUCUCUGAUGUCUGUCCUCCUGAGGUUCCGUCCACACACUGUUGCCUUGAGUAGCGAUAUUCGGGGCAUGUUCCAUCAGGUGUGACUGCUACCAGAGGACCGCCCACUGCUACGAUUCCUCUGGAGAGACCUCAAAAGAGAUCAGCCCCCCCAAGUUUAUGAAUGGCAAGUUCUUCCGUUUGGGACAACAUGCAGCCCUUGCUGCGCAACUUUUGCCCUCCAAAAGCAUGUCAUCGACCACAGUCAGCCAGGCGAAGAUGUCAGAGAAAGUAUAGAGAAAUACUUUUACGUAGACAACUUCCUCCAGAGUUUCCAUACCCAAGAAGAAGCCAUGGCACUGGCAUCUAAGUUGCGAGACCUCCUAGCCACAGGAGGAUUUGAUCUAAGACAGUGGGCCAGCAAUGUCCCUCAAGUACUGGACUCUAUCCCAUCAGAAGCCAAGUCAAGUAACUUAGUAUUGUGGCUGACCCAAGAGCAACCAGAAGCACAAGAGUCAGCACUUGGACUACUCUGGCACUGUACAUCUGACACACUGUCAUACAAGUAUCGCCCCAUUGAAAGCUCUGCCCCUACUAUGCGUCAUAUUUACAAGGUUCUAGCCAGUCAGUAUGAUCCCCUGGGGUACAUUGUCCCUUACACUACGAGAGCUAAAGUCUUAGUCCAGCGUCUGUGGGACAAGAAGAGGGAAUGGGAUGACCCUCAACUUCCAGAAGAACUGCUCCUAGCCUGGCAAACAUGGGAGCAAGAGUUACCAAACAUCACGCAAAUCUUCAUUCCCAGAUGUUAUGUCACUUUAAAGUUGGAUAACCCCCUGAGUAUCAGAACUCUACACAUUUUCUGUGACGCUUCAGAGCAAGCUUAUGGCUCAGUAGCCUACAUCCAAACCCUCAGUCCUCAAGGAGAAAAGGAGAUAGCUUUCUUGACUGCCCGUUCCAGAGUUUCUCCAAAGAAACAACAGUCCAUACCUCGUUUUGAGUUGUGUGCCGCUAUGACAGGAGCACAACUAGCCAAAUUACUGAAGACAGAGCUCAGUGUUCCCAUACAUCAGGUCACGCUCUGGUCAGAUUCCACCACUGUGCUGGCAUGGAUUCAAAGGGAUUCGUGUCGAUAUAAAGUCUUCGUCGGAACGAGAAUUGCAGAAAUACAGGAGUUAACAGACCCCAAGGAUUGGCGUUAUGUUGAUUCCAAGUUUAAUCCGGCUGAUGACAUCACUAGGGGCAAGACCUUGGCCGAGUUAGCCAAGUCAAGCCGAUGGAGUCAAGGCCCAUCAUUCCUUCACCUGCCUGCAGAUCAGUGGCCUCAGAGUCCUCUCCUACAGCUACCCACUGAAGAUUCAGAGCUGAAGCAGGUCACAUUCUGUGGACUUACAGUUCCUGUCACCAACCCAGAUUUGCCUGACUGCACUCAAUUUGGAUCUUAUAAGGAACUACUAGCAGCUACAACUAGAGCCUUGCAUGGGGCGGCUACCCCUACUGAAGUGCUAACAGCUGAGGAUUAUAGAAAAGCCGAACUAACCCUCCUUCAUCAAGCACAAAUCCAUAGUUUCCCAAUCGAAAUGGCUCAUCUUAAGUCAGGAAAACCUCUACCAAUGAACUGUCGUCUUUUGUGCCUUGCCCCAGAGUAUGACAGCAGUACCCACCUCAUCAGAGUUGGAGGUCGUCUCCGAAGAACAGAGCAGUUAGAUGAAUCCGCCAUACACCCUAUAGUCCUCGACCCUAAGCAUCCCCUGAGCAGACUCAUCAUCCAGGACUUUGAUGAAAUUCUACACCAUCCAGGAGCAGAAAGAGUGUUUGCUGAAAUACGUCGUAAGUACUGGAUACUGAGAGGCAGAGAAGCUAUUCGGCAUCACCAGAGAACAUGCUUAGGCUGUCAACAAUGGAGAGGCCAGCCCAGCAUUCCCAGGAUGGCGGACUUGCCUCCUUCAAGACUGCGUUUACUUCAACCACCCUUCUACUCUACAGGAGUGGAUUGUUUCGGCCCUUACCUCAUCAAGAUUGGGCGCAGACAUGACAAACGAUGGGGUAUCAUAUUUAAGUGUCUAACAACAAGAGCUGUAUACCUGGACCUGCUCUAUCAGAUGGACACAGAUUCAUUCUUAAUGGCCCUCCGAAGAUUCAUCUCUCGUAGAGGCAAGCCAUUUGAGAUCAUCUCUGACCAAGGUACAAACUUCAGAGGUGGCAAGAAAGCACUACAGGAAGAUUUUGCUGUGCUCCAUCCUUCCCUCCAGGAGCAAUUAGCAAGCCACCAGAAUAGUUUUAAGUUCAACCCCCCAGGUGCCUCACACUUUUGGGGCUGUUGGGAGAGAGAAAUAAGAUCCCUAAAAUCAGCUCUCUGUUCUAGUAUAGGGGAUCAAAUUGUAACCGAGGAAGUACUGCGUACUGUGCUUGUUGAGAUUGAAGGCAUUCUCAAUUCGAAGCCAAUCGGAUAUACAUCUUCAGACAUAGCAGACCUUGAUCCAGUCACUCCCAACAUGUUGCUCAUGGGGCGGCCUGACUCAUCCUUGCCACAAGUAGUAUACCCUGAAUCAGAGUUGCUGAACAAACGGAGAUGGAGACACAGUCAGCUUCUGGCAGACCAAUUCUGGAGACGUUUUCUCAGUAACUAUCUCCCAGACCUCCAAGUCCAACAGAAAUGGCACCGAGAGGCAGAGAAUCUACAACCAGGCACAGUUGUCAUGAUUGUUGAUCAUCAAUUACCCCGAGCUCAAUGGCCAGUUGGACAAGUAACAAAAGUGUUUCCUGGGGAAGAUAGGCGAGUCAGGACUGCAGAAGUGGAAGUCAAGAAUAAGACCUAUCUUCGUCCCAUCAGCCGGCUAAUCAGCCUCCCAGCUUUACCAGAUUGAGUACUCUUUAGUACUACCCCUUUAACAUACUUGAUGCCUUACCUAAGUGCCUUAUCCAAAUUACACAUUUCCACAGCAAAUGUGGGGGCGGCUGUAGAAAAGGCCAGCUAAGUAAAGUGCCAUUAGUGCCCCCUUGUGACUUUAAGAGGUAUUACACUGAUUUAUCAGUAUUCCCCUUUAACGAUCCCUUUAACAGUGUUAACAGUAUUGACAGGACGCAGUUCAAAGCACGGACAUUCCUCGCUGUUGUUCAAGCUGUUGUUGUUUUCUACUGAGUGCGUUCAUAUACAAAACCACUCACUCACUCACCCACUCACUCAUAUUAAGUUACACUCCAAACUACUCUGUACUACUCUGCCAUACUCUCUGCUGCCUGUACUACAAUCAUCCACUCAACUAAAUUCAAGAACUGUAAAUGCUCUACAAGUCUGAAAUCAUUAAAGUGUACUUCGUCUCUGACCCGGACGACUUAUGUCUGCUCAAUUUCCACCAGCACCCACAAUAGUCUACCUCACAGUAAGUAUUGCACUAUUUAAAAAAUAAAAUAAAAAACUUACCUUAUA